CGGGGAGUGCACUGCCUAUAUGUGCAACGCAUUUAUUGGCUUAGUUUUAUCUGUAGUGUCUGCAUUUGAUCGGUUAAAGCAAAAUGUUACAGCAAAAUGUUACAAGGAUUUUGCAAUAAUAUAUUGGGAAAACGUUAUCUGCGAAAAAUGUAAUUUAGCUAUGUCUAAUAUAUGGGUUUGGUCGGUAAAGGAAAGCAGCCCUAGAUUAUUAUCCAAAUUGUUGCAAAUAAAUAGCGAUGUUGAUAGCCAAUCAUAAAUGUAAUUAAAUAAAUACCCUCGUUAAAUACUAGCUUAUUUGAAUGAUGAAAGAAAAACGAUAGACCAACAGGUAAAACAAAAGCUAACCAAGACAAUUGCUUUAUUUUGGACCAAACUUUGCAUUCCGGACGAGUUACGCUAAGAAACUACAUUUCCCUGAAGCCUGCUCUGCAUCAUCCAUGCGCCGCAGUCAAUCAGCUGUUGAAGCAACUGCUGACUACCUCGGCGCUGUCAUAUCUAAACCCAGGCGAGGCAAACAGAAAUAGCCUUAUUUACAGAGUUCCAAAAGGUGAACGAUAAAGCACAGCAAACCAUGCAGGAUGAUUUACUGAUGGACAAAAACAAAGCCCAACCUCAUCAGCUGCAAGAUCCAACAGUAGACCCUCCCUCCACCCCGACCCCCUCGGAUCCCCCUACUUCAGAGGAGAGCCCGUCGAGUGUGAGCAACCAAGCAGCUUCGGCACUCAACAAAGAGAAAGUCCCGAUGGAGUCUCCGAUUCUGCCGGGUUUGAGUUUUCAUCAGCCGCAGGAAACCGGUGGCACUCUGUCCCCCUCAUUUGGUAGCACUUGGUCCACUGGAACAACAAACACGGUGGACGACAAUUUCUUUCAAGGAAUACCCUCAGUGAACGGAACGAUGCUUUUCCAGAACUUCCCCCACCACGUCAAUCCGGUAUUUGGAGGAAAUUUCUCACCUCAGCUUGGCUUGGCACAAUCUCAUCCAGAGCAGCAAGCCCAGCAACAGCAGCAGCCUCCGCAACGGAGAUCCCCUGUUAGCCUAAACCAAGGUCCUUUCCCACAGAGAAACGCUUACGGUCACCAGUCUAUCAUGAACAGCAAGGCUUCGUCACCUGCGUCUUCUUCGGGUUGGAAUAAUCAUCAAAAUGCCGCUUGGAGCACAGUCUCCAAUCCCUGGAGCGGUCUCCAGGCAGGCAGGGACCCGCGGAGAGCGGUAGGGGUUGGCGUAGGUGUCGGUGUAGGGGUGCCGUCUUCAAUGAAUCCUAUAUCGCCGAUGAAAAAACCCUAUACUAGCAACGUUAUAGCACCACCAAAACCUCCGAGAGCUGGUCCCCUUACCCCGAAGUCUUGGAUGGAGGACAACGCUUUUAGGACGGACAACAGCAACAAUAUGCUGCCUUUUCAGGACCGGAAUCGGCCCUUUGAUGCAUUUAGCUUGCACUCUUUGGAGAAUUCCUUAAUGGAUAUGAUAAGGACUGACCAUGAGAAAGGUAAACCACACCCAGCUUGUGGCCCACCAAUGACUAUCGCUGAUAUAGUGUGGAGGAAUCAUUUUGCAGGACGCAUGGGUUUGAACUUUCACCACCCUGGAGCAGAUCACAUAAUGCCACUGAACUCCAGGAGCUAUGGCCGCCGAAGAGGCCGCUCUUCCCUAUUUCCCUUUGAGGAUGGUUUCCUCGACGACGGGCACGGCGACCCCUCACUGACCCCGGGCUUGAACUCGCCCACCCGUUGUCAGAAUGGAGAGCGGAUGGAGCGCUACUCGAGGAAGGUGUUUGUUGGAGGCCUGCCCCCCGACAUAGACGAAGAUGAGAUCACCAACAGCUUCCGUCGCUACGGUCACCUGGUAGUGGAUUGGCCCCACAAAGCAGAGAGCAAGUCCUACUUUCCGCCAAAAGGCUACGCCUUCUUGCUGUUCCAAGAGGAGACCUCUGUCCAGGCCCUGAUUGACGCCUGCAUGGAGGAGGAUGGCAAGCUCUACCUGUGCGUCUCCAGCCCCACUAUCAAGGACAAGCCUGUCCAGAUCCGCCCCUGGAACCUGAGUGACAGUGACUUUGUUAUGGAUGGCUCCCAGCCAUUGGAUCCCCGCAAGACCAUCUUUGUGGGGGGCGUGCCCCGGCCUCUACGUGCAGUGGAACUAGCUAUGAUCAUGGACAGGCUCUAUGGGGGCGUGUGCUACGCCGGUAUCGACACUGAUCCGGAGCUAAAGUACCCUAAGGGGGCGGGCCGUGUGGCCUUCUCCAAUCAGCAGAGCUACAUUGCCGCCAUCAGUGCCCGAUUCGUUCAGCUGCAGCAUAAUGACAUUGACAAACGAGUGGAGGUGAAGCCGUAUGUUCUGGAUGACCAGAUGUGUGACGAGUGCCAGGGGGGGCGUUGUGGGGGGAAGUUCGCCCCCUUCUUCUGUGCCAACGUCACCUGCCUGCAGUACUACUGUGAGUUCUGCUGGGCCAGUAUUCACUCCCGGGCCGGCCGGGAGUUCCACAAGCCACUUGUGAAGGAGGGGGGCGACCGCCCUCGACACGUUUCCUUCCGCUGGAGCUGAGGGGGUCGAGAUGAAACCCUGCCCCGGCAUCCCCCACCCCCAGUCUAUCCCUCAAACCGGGACAGUGCUGCACUCCCCCACCCCACCCACCACCCCUGCUUAGCCGCCCUUCUCAACAUCAGUGAAGAGAACUACAAAUAGGGUCUUUUUGUUAAACUUCUCCGCUCGACUACAAACCCAUUGUCCAGUGUAUACUUAUGAUGAAAAUAGGGUGGGAUAAAAAAAAAAUUAUUUGCGAAAGUCUAUCUGCUUAGAAUUUGCACUUUGGCACAAAAACUCACUAUAUACUCAUGGGAUGGGUGAUUGCAAAAAAAGCCAGAUCCUUUUCAAAUCCCCUGUCCUGUGACUUUGUGGGCCUGUGUCUCCCGUACGACCCUACUGAGGUCAGACCAUACAGUACAUAUAUUUAAAAUAAAGUAUAUAUUUUUUUGUUUUAUAUAUCUAUACCUAUAUAGAUAAUUAAAUUCUAUGUGAAAAGAGCAUGCACUUAUUUUCAAAAAUGGUAGGAUAUUGCCCCUAGUCAAAAUGAUUACCAAAGGCAAAAAAUGAAAUGAAUGCAUACAGUAAAAGAAAAUAGGUGGCAUAAGAUGUAGCAAGACUCAGUGAUUAUCAUGUAGUGUUGGACACCGAAGCCCAGAUAAAAAAGGCUAUAUUUGCUCUUCAUUACGACUCUGAAAAUAGUAAAAUUAAUACCUCAUAGGGCACAGUCAGAUUUUGUUUUCCUUACUAUUUGUAGUUUUUUUGUUUUUAUAACAUUAGUGUUAUGUAAAUGUAAUGUUGCAAAAGCUUUUGCUGCUAAAUCCAUGGUAUUAACAAACAGUACCAUGUUACUUUAUUCAAUCUAGGGUUGUAUAACAACAAUGAAGGCAUCUUGUUUUAAGGAUAAUGACAGCCUAUCAUUUGAUGGGGGGGGGGGGUUAUUAAAUGCCUAGUGUGAUCUGGGAUAAAUGGGGGUUGGGGGGGGUUUGCCCCUAACUGCAUGUUUAAUUCAGUCAGGCUGCUGCAUGCAAUAGAAUUUCAGUAUCAUGUCCACUAUUCAAUUCUGCCCAUGUUUGCACAACACAAUAUAAGAUGAACGUACAAAUAGCACGAUUCUGGAAACGACGGGGAACAAAGAUCGCUAAAGAAAUCCAACACCUCCAGGGAGAUAAGUUAACAGCCACAGGAGCAGCUUGAGCAAACUGCUUCUGCACAAGAUGGCUAGCAUAACCAGAUGUCGAAACCUUUAUUAAUCACGAAUCAAACUAUAUGUAGGGUAUAUAAUUUAAAAACUGUCUAUGGUAGGUGAAGUACUUUUUGCAGUGAUUGUUAAUAUAACUGUGCAAUCUUUUUAUACCGUAUGUAGUAGUUAGGUCUGAGUAUGGCUAUAGAACUGUGAUUCGCUUUAACUGUUGUUGACAUCCAAAAUGGAAGUCCUGUGAAACUUCAUUAACUAGUGUAUGCAUACGUAUAUACGUUUUCUCGUACACACAUUAUAUGAUGGUUCUUUUUACACACACGCGCACACGCGCGCACCCACCUACGCAAACACAGUCUGACCCAAACACACAGAACAUAGGACACAGACUUGUGAGCUUGACUCUGAUACACACAGAACAGCUGUUUGUACCCACAAAGUGUAGGAUUCAUAUCCCCUCCCCAAAACAACCAAAGAGAUCACAUGUUCAACUUAAACCGCCAUCACAUCCCAAGACAACAGGUGAUACUGCGUGACGAACUAAGCCCGACGUCUGUGGGCUAUAAGGUGCAAAGUAGAUACAUUCGUGCUGUUGUGGUGACAAGGCAUAGGAGACAGUGAUGCAGAAACUAAUAGAACAUUAAAGCUACUGGAGACCUGUGGUUUAGUAAACGCAGCUCUUUCUCAGUCCUCACACAUGACGUUCUCCACAUGGCUACGGGGUUGUAAUAAAAUUGCCAGAACAUUGUGUGCUAGCUGGGUUCACCGUAUUUAUCCAGAUUUUUCCUGCAAAGCUUGAAGUAGAAUAAUGACCUGCUAAAAUGGUGGACAUAUUUUUGUAUCAAAAGGCUAUGGGGUUGCAAUUUGAACAGGGUGGGUGGGUUUCUGGGUGGGACGGGACGAGUUGGGUAGUUGUAAAUGCAAAUAAAUUUAAGUAUUGGCUGCUGAGUUUGGGGGUUGGUUUGGGGUUUGAUGGGUGGAGUUUGGGGCUAAGUUACACUGGUUUUAGCAGUUUUGUGGACAGUCCAGUGUGGAUUCUACAACAUUGCGAGUAGAUGUGUGUGUCGUCCCCUUUGAGUGGUGUGAUUGUACCUGCUGGCACCCCGCAGUCCUAUCUUGGUUGUAGUCGCAAAACUGUUUGCUUUAGGACAGACUUUUUUUUUGUCUCUGGUAAAAGUAAACUAAAUGGAAAAAUACUUUUUUACUGACACAAAAAAAAAAACUAAAAAGAGGCUAACCAUGAGUAAUAAUAAGUAUCCCUAUUAAAGUGAAUACUGGGUGUUCUUGUGAUAUUACUUUCCCAGCCCAGAAGGGUUUUUCUAUGUUUGUUCCUCUGUAAUAGACACUCGUUAUGCACUACUCUUUGUAUCUGGACAGUUUUCAUCAGUCAGCAUUUUUUUGCGAGAAAAACAAAACAAAAGUGUGCUUUCUGACUGACAUGAUAUUUUGCAAUACCUCAACUUUGAAAUAUAUUAGGAGAGAAAUUGAUAUUUUCUAAGUAAGUUUAUUCAAAUAAUAAAAAAUAUAUUAAUUUAAUUCUGCAAAGAGAUGAUUUAACAGGUUGGUUGAGUUUUAUUUUUUCAUGCUUAUUUGCUUUUACUUUGUAUUUAAUUUUUUGAAGAAAAACAAACAAGAAGGAGCUAGAGAUUUAUAACUUUAAUAUAAUGAUGUAGUUAGUUGAAGUACAGAGUCAAUCUUAUUACAGCAGAGGUUUGAGUGUUUCCCAACAGGUCUGAUGACAGUGGAAGCACAGUCACCAAGACAAACUGAAAAUGAGUGGCAGUGUUCCAAGGAAAAAAACAUGAAUCCUAAAAAUGAAUCUUAGAAAUAAGUCAAUCAGGUGCUCAGAAAGACAACUGAAGCUAAUUCCCUUGUUUUGUAUAUUUAUAAUCAAUCAUUUACUAUGCUGACCAGAAUUGUGAAAGAGAUCUUCUGUUCAUGUUAUUUUUUAAGAAAACUUUUUUAUGUUUCCUAAAAGUAUGUGCUCCCUUUUGUUUUGUAAAAGCAGCAUACCCUGAUUUGUUAGCCUGACCUUGUUUAAAACAGAGACUUUGAGCAGAUGGAGGUGGAGAGAAAAUGUUAUUUUUUAAAAUUUAGAACUACAAGUGUUUCAGAUGUAACUUAAUCGAAAGCCCCCAAGGUGCAUCAGUUGAGUGGUGGCCUUCUAUUCACGCAAGACUUGAAUUAGUCCCAUUUUUUUAAGGCUAAGAACCUUGAUUAUUUGUUGUAAUGUGCAAUACUGUUUGUACUGUUUGUAAAAAAAAAAAAAAAAAUGAGAAAAAGAGGCAUAAAUCUUUAUUGCAGAUUUAUUUUCAUUGCAAGCAUUGUGAUUCACUAAAAUCAUUUUCUACUGUGUAUUUAUCCUUCUCUACAUGCUAGUACCUUCCAGUAGUAAUGUAGCCUUUGUACUGAGAAAUUUUUCAUUAUUUUUUAGAGAUUUUUGCUAAAAGAAAAAAGAAUUUAAACAUAUUUACAUAUUUUCAUUAUUAUUUCGUAUUUUCUUCACAGACUUAUUUCUCAACCAUUAAUAAUUAUUUCUGGGGGAGACUUUCAUAUCUGGUCAAGGUCAUUAAUAUUAUUUUGUAUUUUUACUUGGAAUAAAUUAAUUUUAUGAUGCUAAUUCUUUAAAAAAAAACUUUAUUUUUUCGUUUGUUCACUAUAUUAUUUUUUGAAGCUGAAAAACUUUUGUAAUAUUGUUACUAGUGUCUAGAUUUUUUGAAAUGCAAAGCUUUGUGUUAACUCGCUGAUGUUGCUUACAUUAGUGUGACAAUGAUCUAAGGGGAGGAAAAACUACAAAAAAAGAACUUGAUGACAGAUGGUCUCAUUUAAGUGAUUGGCAAUGUGAAAUGAAUGAACAGGCAAUAAAUAAAGAGGCAGAAUGGUGCAGAAUGUGGUAUGUUGUGAUAUUGUGAAAACUAGACAAGGCUAUUUACCAAUCCCCCUGCUUCUGCUAUGACUAAUAAAGCCCCAUCUUGUAUAGUCCAUAACCACACUGUCAAUGUAACACUGCUGUUGAUUCGAAAGAUCACACAAAUGUAAAUCCUCUCACAUGACCCUCCCUUUAUUUUGCAAUAGUGGGUUAACCCCUGUAGGAAUCUAAGGAGGCCAUGUGUAACAGUGAGAUUGUAUUGAAAUAUGAAUGUAAAUGUGAAAAUACAAUGUCUAAUGAAGUGAAAGGGAUUACUAGUUGCAAUCAAGUCACCUUAUUAGGAGGCAUGGAUCUGUUUAUCUUUCUAUCCCUAAACUGACCAGAUGGUUCAAAUACAUGUACCCUCUAACUAAUUUCCUCUUUGAUAUUAUGUGGCCCACUUGUAGCAGAUGACAUUGACCUGAUUUCACCCUCAAUUAGUCCUAACUUACUGUACUACAGUAUGGUCUACAAGAGAAAAACCCAAUGCAAAUGCUGGUCUGAGAACAUGACUUGCUGCUUUGCUUUUUCUACAAGUUUGUACAAGUGGUGUUUUACUAAUAACCCUUGUACUAACCAAUGGUUGCUUUCUCCCAAGGUCAGUAUUACAGUCAUACUAUCAAGUAUUUGUUUUGUAUUUAUCCUUUUUUCUGCAGAGCAAAGUUGUAUACCCUGACAAUAAGCAAUUGUCUAUGUGCAACUGAAAGGCACAGUUAGAUUAAGAUUUGUCCGGAAGAAAAUCAUCCCUGGCAAUUUCAUAUAAUCCUCUAUAAAUAUUCCUUUCCUAUAUAUUUCAUGCAACACUAGAUUUGAAUAGUAUGUAUUCACUUAAGAUUCAUCGACAUUCUCUCUGGGUAAUCAGUAGACGUCUUCAUCAUUGUAAUCUCAAAAAAGGAAAAAGAUUUGAACACAUGCUCAAUAUUUUUUUUUCUCAGACAAAACCACUAGUUUAUAAAUUUACUUUUAAAAAGUAAUCUUUUUUUUUUCUCCGAUACUAUACUUGCUAUUUUUGGUUUUAUUACUGGACGAGGCUUUCAGAUUGUUGACUUGGACCUAUGCUUGUCUGAAUUUGCAUUACAACUGUGAUAAAAAAAAAUUUAAAAAACAUGGCGCUCUAUGCUGCUAAUGCUUACUACUACUGCUUCAAGUUUGUAGUUCCCACCUUUUUCAGUUUCUGUACUAAUACCAAUCAAAUCUUAUUAAACGUAGCUGUAUGACGGUGUGAAA